AUGAAAAGACAACAACAACUCAUGCACCGGGAUCGAGCCGGCGACCGCGGUUCCCAAUUAGUGUCGGAGCUAGCGCACACCACAAGCGCACGCCGAGUGCCUGAAGCGGCUCUGGCGCGAAUCGAUCCAGGCGACGUGCCGUCUACCAACCACCUGGGCGACCCGUUGCCCGCGCCCACGUUUGUGGAGAGUCAGCUGUUGGGGCGGGGCCGUCUCAUGCAGCAGCUCAUGAUUGUACAUCUCACGGGCCGCCCCCCCGAGGUGUUGCCGUGUGCUGUUCAGUCGCAUGGCAUUGCGGUUGUAAACCCCGACCCCAAUAUGCUUCGGGGCCAGCUGCCUGCACGCGUUGCGGAUUUGGCAGGCACCUUCACGGUGGUGUGCGUGGAUCAAGUCCGAGACCGGCAGGACUUGCUGGAUCGUGUCCGCCGUGCACCAGGCCUGAAAGUGCGAGGCAACGUCAUCAUCGCCUGGGUACGUUUCCUUCAGCAUAACGACGAGGAUGAAGGUGCGGUGGAUGAAGAUGCUCUACAGGAGUAUGAGCGUAUGGGAUGCAUUGCGCAAGUACCGGAGGCGCUGCUGGACUCUGCAAUCGGUCCUACGGAUCCAGAAGUCGCUGGUGUACUGCGGAGUACGUUCCUGCAUGAUCGUACCGGCGCUGCUGGUGUACGACAGCUGCAAGAGACGUUGCAAGGAAACGUCGCUGGUGAGAUCCUCCAGGGUGGUGGCGCUUAUGGAUCGCCCCUCGAUACAGCUGAUGCCGACCUGGGCGCUCCAAAUGAACUGGAGCUGGUCCUUCCGCAACCAGCUCCUGUUCCGACGGAUGGCAGCGACUUUGAUAACCGGCCCAACGUGGUGCAUGACCUGCUCACCGGGCGUGCACGUCUCGCAUUCACUGCUGGUGGCCGUGAUGCUCAGGUCCUGGAUGACCGUCACCCAGCCAUCCUCAACGUCUGCUUCCCGGUGUCCUUUCCAUAUGGUUUGUCCGGACAGCGACCACUGGGUAUGUCGUUCGCCUCAUAUUGCAGCCACCUCGUACGGCGAGUGCCACGGGCGCAGUUCAGCGGCAACUUGAUGCUGCUUGCCCGCAUGUACGAUAUCAAUGUUCGGCAGCAGAGCAUGGCGCAGGUGGGAGUGGCCCUGCGCAUGCGACCACGACUGGGUGAACCGGCGGCACGGGUACCGAGGGAUGUGGUACGCACCAUGGCAGACAUCUUGGCAUUGCCGUACCGUCACAUCAAGCGACGGCAGCUGCUGUCGCAGCAGUCGCCCGUGGUGCGUGCUCUCCUGGAUGGUGCACGUGCCAGCCUGCUGCGAAUCGACCUUACAGAUGCCUACUACAAUGGUGCAAAAGCCAUGAUGCGUGCGGCUGCCCUCACCAUUGGCUGGCCGCCGUUAUUCUUCAAUCUCAACCCGGCGGACAUGCACGCUGGCUGCGCCGUUGUAGCCUCUGGCCAGAUUAUAGAGUUCGACGAUGCUGGUCGUCCGACCCGGAUCAGCAGCACGGUGGAUAAGUGGCGCCGCGUCAAAGAAGACCCGCACAGCUGUGCUGCACUGCUCGUCGCCACGAAAGAGGUGUUGGUGGAGCAGUUGUUUGGCUUUGCACCUGGAGCAAUGCGGCAGACUGACCCUAACUGCUUCUGUGGGGUCGUAUUCGAGGUAGUCGUCAAGGUUGAACAGAGCGGGCGAUUGGCGCUACACUUGCACGGAGUCGCACACCUCGAGUGCUUCGCACUGGACAACCUUCAGGCGUUAUUCUGUGGACCCAAUUGCAGAGCUCUGGCGCUUGCAUACGCGCUGUGCGAAAUGUGGUACCCCUCCCCACACUAUGCUCCAACACCGGACAGCGGGAUGCAGCCUCUGGUCAUGGGUAUGUCUGAUGUGGAGGCACAGCAGCGCGGUCUACCCGUGCCAGCAGUGCAGGCGGACUGCCCGCCUGCCGCAUACGACUUCGAACGACUCGCAGAGUGUGCAAAUGGCGGACUGCCGCCUCAAUCACGACAUGCCGCUUGCCGUGCCCAUCACGCUGCCGUCAUACGCAGUACCCUCACCCACAGCCACAGUACAACGUGCAAGCGCCACGGCUGCCGCGGCACCGAUGACAGCUGCGGCAUGGCCUUUCCCCGACUCAUCCGCACAGCCUUUCAAUGGAUCGGUACCAGUGGCCUAUUCUUGCUGCCCCGCCUGGCACCCAACCUCGUGCCGCACAUGCCUGCCAUUGCCCUCGCGUUCGGCUGCAAUCAUCUGAUGUCCCUGGCCUGCGAAGUCGACCGGGAGUACACAGCUGACAUCGCUGCCCAACUAGCGCGCCCCGCCAAUGAACGCGGUGACUGCCCCCUCUUGCAGCCCGCCAUCAACCGUGCCCGUGACGCUGCGUACUACAGCUCCAAGUACACCGCGAAGACGAUCGAACGCAGCCAGGCGCAGCUCACUUGUGCCGCCGUGGGGCGCAUGCAAGACUUCAUGAUGGCAGGUCACCAGCCCAGCGCCACCGGUGAUGGACCCAGCGCGUUCGGCAACCUGUGUGCCGCAGUGCACCGCAUGACGGCCACCAUGACGGCCGGCAUGGCGCUGGUCGCCUUCAAGUUGUCGGGCCACAAUACGUUCGAAGCGUCCUACAAACGCAACUAUCUGCCGCAUUUCGUGCAUUACGAGUACGUGUCCAACGGCAGGGACCAGCAACAGGCACAAGCAAGGGAUGAAUAA